UUUCAGCAACCUAUCAAAUGGGUCACUUGAAGUUUUAUCCUUCGAAGAAGAAGAAAAGAAGACUUCCUGCUAGUUUGGAAGCAGCAAUAAACAGAAGAAAGAAGAGGAAUACUGCUUUGGCAGAACAACAAGCUAUAGAAACUCAUGGAGCGGAAGAACAAUCUGCAAACCCUAGUAAGACGCCUAACAAGAAAGAAUUCAAAUUAAGUGGAAGAAGAAUUGUUAACAUAGCUGAUUUUAUCGACCAGAUAAAAAUGUUGGACAAUCAUAGCCCAAUAGGUUGUAAUUUUUCGAAUAUGGUUGUAUUGUCUGAAGUUAGACAGGGACUAAGGAAUGGGUUUGUCGUUGAAUGUACCAUGUGUAAAUUCAAACAGACUAUUUGGUCUGAGAAAAUUAAUGAAAAAGAAAUGGACGUGAACAAAGCUGGUGUUUGUGGUACUAUCGUAACAGGAGGUGGCCACGCUCAACUCGAGGAAUUCCUCAGCACUCUCGACAUCCCUGCAAUGAGCAACAAGACUUUCAAAAAAACUGAAGAACAGUUAUCAGAGGGUUGGACUGCGACUGCGGCGGCAGAGAUGGAAGCGGCAGCGGCGGAGGAGGCUCAGCUAGCGAGGGAAAACAACGAGGUUGACAAGGACGGCGUACCGCUAAUUACAGUUGUCGCUGAUGGUGCCUGGUGCAAACGAUCAUAUCGCACCAACUAUUCUUCCUUAUCUGGAGUGGCUGCCAUUGUUGGAUUUCGGACGCGGAAAGUACUCUUUAUUGGCGUAAAAAACAAGUACUGCACAACUUGUGCUCGAGCUGAUACAAGAGGGGAGCCAGCAAAAGAACACACAUGCUAUAAAAACUGGAGCAUGAAGCAAAGCUCAACCAGUAUGGAGUCAUCUCUAGUAUGCGAGGGGUUCAAAAAGAGUGAGGAAAUGUACAAUGUACGGUAUGCAAGACUUAUUGCCGAUGGGGACUCCAGCGUAUAUAAGAAAAUAAUUGAUUCUCGGCCCUACAAAAACUGCACUGUUCAGAAGAUAGAAUGCAAGAACCAUCUUUUGAGAAAUAUGUGCACUAGACUCAAAACGAUUGCAGCCUCUAAAACCUGCAAACCUUCCGUUUGGCUCAGAAAGAAAAUUGGUGACAACUUGUUACGCUGCAGAAUGGCAGUAACUAAAGCCACUGAGCACCGUAAAAAGGAAAGGAAUGAUGCAAUCAAUGAAGAGGAAUCAAGUAAAGCAAUCGAAAAUCUCAGAAUGGAUAUAUUGAAUAUACCAAGUCACGUGUUCGGCGAACACAAAAAAUGUGCUGAGAGGGGGUAUUUUUGCGAGCUGGACCCCACUACUGCCCGGCCAGAUGACAAUUUAGUACCUGAUCUUGUCACAGUGGGCCUUUACCCAUUGAUCACUGAUGUGUUCAGAGAUGUUAGCCGCAACAGCCGCAGCUUACUUGCUGACGUCACUAGCAACUAUGUAGAACAUUUCAAUUCAAUUGUUGCCAAAUUUAUUGGCGGCAAAAGAAUAAACUUUGCUGCUAGUGGUUCAUAUCAGACUAGAUGUACAGCUGCUGUCAUUCAACACAACUCUGGACUAGCACACUACAAGCUGCACAAACAAAUGUACGGUGCUAGUCCAGGGAUAUUCGCAAAAAGUGUGGCAAUGAAGAGGAAGAAGAAGGUGGACAGCCAAAGACAAAGAAAAAGGUGCAGGAAAACACUAUUUGAUCGGGAAAAAAUUGAUGAUGGAAAAGACUACGGUAUUGAAGCACAACGGCCCGAUAUUGAUGAAAAUACUAUGGAAAAAGAAAAAAGUGAUUUUUUAGCAACCUUACAAAAGUCUGAAGCAGAAUUCAAAAGAAUUGAAAGAGAAACGGUGGAACAAAGCGAUUCAAAUGAGUGGCUAGAGAUUCGCCGAAAUCUUUUGACAGCUUCGAACUUCGGGCGUGUUUGCAAUAUGAGAGCAACAACGGGUUGUGAAAAAAUCGUAAAACAAAUCUUGUACACCGUUUUUGAUUGUGAGGCCAUGGCCUAUGGUAGGAAAAAUGAAGAAGUGGCUCGACAAGAACUCGAAAACGUGUUAGGUCAAAAGAUAAGUAAAUGCGGCCUUUUCAUAGACCGCGACAACCCCUAUCUCGGUGCAAGUCCCGAUGGCCUUCUGAAUGAAGAUGGAACUGUUGAAAUUAAAUGUCCAUCUUCUGCUAAAGAUAUGACACCUGACGAGGCUAUCAGAAAGCGGAAAUGUACCUUUUGGGCAGUCACUAAGGAUGGGAAAAUUGGUGAUAUAAAGAAAAAACACCACUUUUAUUAUCAAGUUCAAGGCCAACUUCAAGUCACGAAGAGAAGAAUGUGCGUAUUUUGCCUAUGGACACCACAGGGAAUAAAAACUGAAACAAUAGAACGGGAUGAACAGUUUUGGCAGGAAGAAAUGUUGCCAAAACUAAAAAAAUUCUACAUGAAUUGCAUUCUGCCCGAAAUCAUCGACCCUCGGCAUUCCCGGUCUAUGCCCAUAAGGAAUCCUUCGUAUAUAGUAGAGGCUCAGACAAAAUCUAAAGAAAAGAAGGCAGAAAAAACAGAACGACAGGUUCAUUCGACCCUCAGUCAGUAUAGACCAUUUCGAAAGGUAGGCACUGCCACUGCCCGUUUGUCAGCACAGCUACUGUACAAUGUACUGCUCAAGCAAAGCUGGCUUGUAGACAUUGAGACAAAUCCAGAGCUUGCGCAAACAACUUUGGGCCAACUUUUUGAACAGCUGUCAGAGUGUCUGAAAAAAGCUGCAAACUUCAAAGAGAACCAGAAGAAAUUCAAGGUGGAGGUGACCAGGUUUGACAUCCUAGACGAGGUAGUGGCGGAUGUCAAGUUACGACAGUUGUUGUGGGAGAGUGUAGAGGCUUGGGAGAGAUACUCGGACGACUGGUUCCACAACGACUUCUCAACACUGUCACCCGAGGACCUGGGCCAGACGACGGCGAGAUUCAUCAAAAUUUCAUCGUUCCCAAACUGA